GGCCAAGCGCUCCAGCAUGGGCAGCCGGCGGCUGAGCGCGGCGGCGCCGCAGGUGGACGCGGUCCGGCCCCCCAAGCCCGAGAGCGCCUGGAGGCCGCCCCGGCGGGAGGGCUCCGCUGUGGCGCUGGAGGAAGAGGACGAAGACGAGGACGUGGUGGUUGAGGUGGAGGAGGAAGAGGAGGAAGAGGAGGGCGGCCUGGGGAGCGCCCCCCCGGCGCUGGCCGGCCACGGCAAGGGCCCCCUCCGGGGUAGCCUUAAGGCAGCCAACAUCAAGCGUGAAAUGACCUUCCAUGCAUUUCAACAGGAGGAUGUAAAAAGUGACAUCAGUCGAAAACUGCCAGACCAACAGUUUCUCCUGUUCACCACAAAGGAGGAAGAUUUAAAAACAGCAGAGACCAAAAAACUUAACAGAGCUCAUGAGCAUGAAAAGGAAAACACUCGUUCUGUUUGUCUUCUGGAGCAGAAGCGCAAGGUUGUUUCUUCAAAUAUUGAUGUGCCUCCAGCAAGGAAAUCUUUGGAAGAACUGGACAUGGAUAAAGUAACAGCAGCCAUGGUACUCACCAGUUUAUCCACCAGCCCUUUGGUCCGCAGCCCUCCUGUCCGACCCAAUGAAUCCCUGAAUGGAUCUUGGAAAGAAGGAGGAUUUGUGCCUUCUAGUACCAGCAGCAGUGGAUACUGGAGCUGGAACGCUCCCAGUGACCAGUCCAACCCAUCCACCCCAUCUCCACCUCUGUCAGCUGACAGCUUCAAAGCAUUUCGAACACCUUCCCAGCCAGAUGAUGGUAUUGAUGAAGGGGAAACAAGCAACCUUCUCUUUGAUGAACCCAUUCCUAGGAAGAGAAAGAACUCCAUGAAAGUGAUGUUCAAAUGCCUGUGGAAGAACUGUGGGAAGGUACUGAGCACAGCUGCAGGGAUUCAGAAACACAUACGGACCAUUCACCUUGGACGUGUAGGAGAGUCUGACUACAGUGAUGGAGAGGAGGAUUUUUACUAUACAGAAAUCAGGCUCAACACGGACUCAGUAGCUGAUGGCUUAAGCAGUCUUUCCCCAGUGUCUCCAUCUUUAGCAUCUCCUCCUUCCUUUCCCACCCAAGACGCCAUCCGUCCUGAAACUUCCUGUGCCAAAACCGAGACUAAAGUGAUGACACCUCUGAGCCGCUCAGCUCCUACCAACCUCUACCUCGUACACACGGACCACGCUUACCAGGCCACUCCUCCGGUGAACAUUCCAGGGUCAGCAAAAUUCACUCCCAAUGGCAGUAGCUUUAGCAUCUCUUGGCAGUCGCCUCCAGUUACCUUCACCGGCAUUCCAGUCUCACCAACCCAUAAUCGUGCUGCAGGGAGUGGAGAGCAGAAACAGUCCCACACAGUUCUUUCAUCACCGCCUAGAGUAGCAUUUGGCUUGAGGAAGCCUAGAGGGGAGGGGAAAAAGUGUCGGAAGGUCUAUGGGAUGGAGAACAGAGAUAUGUGGUGCACUGCCUGCCGAUGGAAGAAGGCCUGCCAAAGGUUCAUCGACUAACCAUUGAAAUUAUGCAGAGGAUUUGGGGAGGGGGAGGACAACAGCAGAAGCAGAUUGCUGCAGCUGCUCUGUAUCAUUUCCCAUUUUCCCCUCCGGUGAUGUGGUGUUGGGGGUUUUGGUUUUUUUGGGGUGGGAUUUUUUUUGUUUGUUUGUUUUGGUGUUUUGUUUUUUUUAAGAGCUUUGUAUUUCAAAAUGAAGCACUUGUAGCCAAGGAGAAGCACUAAUUAAAACCUGUGUGGAGCAAUAGAGGAAAAAAAAAAAAGCAAAACCAAGACCACACAACAAAAUCUGUCUCAGUAAGUGUGGAAACCAGAGCAGCUAUUAGUGUUCUUCUGUAAAAGAAAGGAAAAUGUUAAUUAUUUUGCUAACUCUGUGAGCUGCUUGCUCCCUAGGAUCAUUUUUAACCAUUUCAGUCUUUCUGCUGUGAACAUCUGUAUUUGCUAAACUGAACAAUUUUUCUUUUCCUGAAACGAAGAUCUCUUUUUGAAAGCUUUCUAAUAAACACUUCAGAGUCAUAUAAGCUACAGUUUUCUCAGCAAAAGCUGUACUAAGACUGGAGACUGCUAAAUAAUUCUCCUGAUACAAAUGAUCGUGAUUAUAUUUUUGAAAAGGGCAUGUGGGGAAGAGUUGGGAUUUUCAUUUGAUUGUUUAUAGGAGAAAAGCAAAGCUGAUUUUGCAAGAAGGACACGCAGCACUCCUGGAAGUUUUUUAAAAGAGGCACAGACCAGUGGAGUGGAACAAAGUAAUUUAAGUACCAAAUUGGAUUUUGAUCCUCUAGAGGAAGAAAAGCAGCAAUGGCAAGUCACCAGCAGAUACUGUCACGAAAAGUCUGAGGGGAAGAAAUACGGUGAUGCUUGACUGAAACCCACAAGGAUAUAAGGGGGCUCCAGUAGCUUUUCUUAUUACUCUCCCCUUUCUGAGGGGGGGUGAACAGUUGGACCAGCACAGCUGUUGCUGCAGGAGGCCUGUGAAGAACUGGUAAAUGCAGCCACUAGGAUUAUAUGUAAUGCCUAAUUCAGGGAAAUGAUCCAGCCCAGCAGUUCUGCUUUUGCUUCCUUUUCUCUUAUUUCAGAGAUUGUUGUUAAGAUAAUGGUUCGUUCAGCUUUUUCUUUUAAAGUUACUAAGAUUUAUUUGAUAAAAAAAAAUUGGUAGAGAAAAGAAAACACCCAUUCCACAACAUCAUCUCAGAAAAAGAAGUACAACAGCAAAGGAGCAACAUUUGUGGUAAAAGAUCAUUUCUUAACUCAUUUUGAUAGAUGAAUUAAUGAGUUUCUCUAUUUGCAGUACUUGGAUUGAUUUGGGUAUUUCAGUUUCUCUGUCCAUUAGGAAGUAUACACUGGAGUGUGGCAACCUGGUGUUCUGUGUCCACUUGUAUCAAAUUACUGUUAAUUAAUGAUUAUUUCGAUGCAAAAAUAAAGGAAGGAUUUACUAGGAAGUGAAUGUAUAUGGUGAAAUAAUACUUAUACACCUUAAAAAAUCAAAUAAACAGAAGCAAAACUUUGCCUAUUAAUAGAGGCUGAAGGGCCACAAAUGCCUGGAUUAUGUUUUUUCAUAACAUUUGAACCAAUUGAAAUUAGACCAAAUAUUUUUCUUUUUUUUUUUUUUUUAUUGUCUAAGCUGGCUCAUUCUCUUAAGAGGACUUUUAAGUAUCUAAACAACUUUCUAAAAUCUGGUCCAAAGUUCACUUGAUAGCUUUAUUAAGUGUGCAGUGCUGCUUGUGUCUGUGUAAAAGCACAAAAUAACAAUGCAGUUGUUUGGAAUAUACACUGUGGAUUCCAUAGGGUAGCAGUGAAAAGAAGAAUCUAUAAUAGGAGCUACUGAAGGUUAUCAUCUGAUUUUCUGUGAACAAGUUAAUUGGGCAAUCAGGUGCCUAAUUUGAGCAUGCUAUUUCUGCAGUUAUUUACAAAUUGUGUAAUUUACAUGCACAAGUGGCAAGAUACGCUUGCAUGCAUGCAAUUACUUGAUUUUUUUGCCCAGUUGUGUUCUCUAAGUCACAAAAAAAAAGAAAAACAGUCUCUGAAAUCCAGUAAGACCCUGAGAUAUAUACACAUGUGAGUGUGUAUGAAUAUUUUUGUAUGUGUGUGUGUAUAUACAUGUAAAACUAUGUAUAUUAUAUAGUUUUAUAUGUGUAUAUAAAAUCUGAAAUUAACAGGGAAGAGAAAGAUUGUUUUCUUUACAAAUAGAAAAAAAAGGCACUAAGGGUCAGUGGAUAUACAUAGACACUGUAAUAUCUUAUUUCCUCUUAGUAAAACAUGGAUUUUCUUUACAUGUUGUAUUUUUUCAAUUUCCACGGUUAAAUACCUCAUAGUAAUUCAUAGACAUUUCAUCUUCAAACACUGGGUUUGCUGAUGGUGUACUUACUUGGAUAAAACUUUAAAAAUUUGGUAUUUUCCCAAGAUAUUCCUGCCAAUUUGUUCCCUGCCUCCCAUUUUAAAGACACUCUAAGAGUAUAAAGUGUUGCAUAAUUCGACUGUUGUUAGACUAACAGUAUUUGCCUAUAUAUUUGUUGUUCACCUCCUUUUUGCUUUGGAGGAUUUUUUUGAAAAUAAUGUGUAUCAGAUUGUAUGUUGUUUCUAUAAUGUCAUGGCAUUGUGAGCAGCUUUCCCAAGGGCACUUUAGGAAUUAUUGUAAUAAGAUUAUUCUUUAUAAAUUUCUGCAGAGAAGAAUGGUUUUGUUGCCAGACCAGAUUGCCCUCUGGUACAAAUUGAAUAUGGAUUACAUAAAGGACUAAAGCCACAAACCAUCAAAGUUGGAGAGAAAGUUGGUGUUAACGAGUCAGAUGUAUUGAUAAAUCCUGCAGGACAAAGCUAAAUUACCAGUAUUUUUCCUCAACCUUUAAUCAGUGAUUUAUAUUAAAUCAGUUUUGGAUCUUGUGGCUGUGGCAUUUUGAUUCACAAGCAGGCACCUGGCGAGAUGCCGUGUCUGCGGCAAGGCCGGCGUUGCACGGAGCGUUCUGCAGUCACUUUGUGCUGUGAGCUCCCGUUAACUCGGGUUGCACGAGCAGCCCAGCGCCUGCCGAGAUCCCCUCUGUGAUCCUCACACAGCCAGCAAGAACAGAAAUGUCAGCUAAGCCUUCCUUCUGCUGGCAGUACUGAUCAUAAUCUGGAGUAAUCGCUUCCAUUUUUCAGUCUCUUGCUUCUGUGUUGCUUUGGGCUGUGUCACUGUCCUCCUGACACCUGAUUUAUCUCACACUUCUGCACUGACCAGUCCAAAACAGUCAGAUUUCUUUGUUCUCCUGAGCAGGAGCUAGCCUGAGUGCUGUGGUCAUUUAUUGUCAUCACUACAUGUGAUGACAGUUCCAGUUUUUGGUUUCUCUGUGGGAGGUAGGUCAUUGUCUCUGACCCCCCAGAGAAGUCAGAAGGAAUGUCUUGAACACAUCAUGCAGUGUCUGUGUGCUACAGGGAAUUGGAUGGGGGUUCAUCUAUGUCUAGAGUCAGAACUUGAUAUACAAAUUUAAGGAUCUGUUUUAUUGUUAAUAUUAUUGGCGUUGGUAACAGAAAUUGCCAGCAUCAGUAUCAGAGCGGAGAUCAACCAUACUCAUCCCAAAUAUUUUUCUUUAGGAGAAGAAAAAUAUUUUGUUGUUAAAACAAAGCUAUUUCCCAAUUCCCCAUUCACCCCAUUCCCCAAAAGAUCUGGAAAACAAAAUAAUUUUAGAAGUGGGAAAUUUUAAUGGCAAUUUUUAAUAUUGACUGUGCUCCAGCUCCUCCUCUAUGAAGCUAUUGAACAUUAAAACUCAGAUCAUCUUGGUCAUAAAAGGGUUUCCACAAAAAACAAUGUGCCUGAUUCUCUAGUGCCUUGCACAAACGCAACAGGAUAUACAAAAUGCAAAGUGAGUAAAACUUCUUCUGUUCCAAUUUGCAAGUUUACACUUUUAACCAAUACCAGUCAUCACCUAGCACAUACCUGUUGGCAGGUCAGCCCUGCUUGUGUGAUUAAGCUGAGCAGAAUGCCUGACUGUCAAAUGACUUUUCCCAAAUCCUUAGCCUGGUAUGAAUGUUAGCUGUCUAGUUAUCUACAAGCUCCUUGCAGUCAUUGGCCAUCUUUAUUCCUUGUCCCUUUUGUUUUUCACAAUAAUGACUAGAUAGGCAGCACAACAGGACGUAAAGCUUUAGCCAAAAGCUCUUGUAGAACCUGCACAAUAGAUUCCAGCACCAUGCAGUGUCCCAGAUGUUCUUGGCACUAAUUUCAUUUUGUCAUUCAUUCUGAUCCAGUACAUUGGGGUGGUUCUCUAUUACUUGCUAUGGCCUGGGACCAGCUAAAAUGGCCCUGUUGAGAAUCCAGGACAAUCUCUGUAAGUGUCGCACUGCAAAGUGAUUUCUUUCUUCUGCUGCCUGUCAAUGUGUUGAAAGAUGAUCUUGGAAGCAGGACAUGGAAUUAGAGGCUUGCUAGCCAUUUGCAGAGAUGUUGGAGGUUGCCAGUGAGGCUUCCUUCUAUUGGUUCAAAGUUAGAGGCAUCUCCUGGAGACACUUGUGCUGCACCUUUUCUUAGAAAUAUUUUGAUACGGAAACAUUUGUAAAGUCUCAUCUUGAUUUUAUAUUUAUAUUUUAUUCAAUCUCCCUGUGAGGUGGUGGCACUGGAACUGAGAGCAGUAUGGAGUUUGGGAGUUUGGGGAGUUUGGGCUUUAAUCUGCAUUGUCAGGUUUUUCUAGUACAUAACUUACUAUGUUAUGUACUAGAAAAGUUAUAAGGUAUCAUAGUGUAGAUUUUUUUCUAAUACGAGUUCAGCAGAGUUUUAUGGCACCUUUGGAAAAUACCUAGAAGGAAGCCAUGGACAAAAUCAAGCUGAGCAUUUAAAUAUACUGUCUGUCUGCUAGAUGGGAACAGCCUUUCUUUGCAUCCAUAUGGAGCUGGAAAAUCUUAACAGCCAAUGUAGUCCUACACUUGAGAGUGCCCACUUGAACUGCUCUUUCCAUCUUGGACUACAGUGCUUUCACACUGACCGUGCUCUCAGUUCUAUCCAGAUGUGGGAUUUAAGGAGCUGUGUGUCUCCGCUUGCAACUUUUUGAGCUUAUUCCUCAAUUCAGAAAGCACUCAUCAUGUUCUUUGUGCUUCACAGAGACCAUUUGUAACAGCAAUGCAGAAAGACUGGGAAUAGGGAAAUCAGCCUGUUUCUGAUGGCAGCAGCCAGAAGAAAGUACAGGUUGCUCUGGUGUUUCCUCACAUUCACAGCAAGAAUUUUUUCAGCUGAUGAAACAGAAGAGAAUAGAUAAAUUUAGUAACAAGCUGGUAUUCUGCUAGUUUUUGACACAUCUUGACACCUAGAAUUUUCUCCUUAUAUAUUUGAAUCUGAAUGUGAGAUCUCAUAUACCCUUGAGGGAAAUAAAUUUAGCAAUAUAAAUGCUCUUUCAGCAUUAAAUCUGAAUUCUUUAUGUAAUUAAAACUAAAGAUGGGCUUGAACAUUCAAAAAUGUUUGAGUCUUGUUAUUUACUACUUGCCAAUCCUCUUAAAGAUUCAGGUUUGAUUCUAGAGUCCUUAACAUAGUAUGUGAUACCCAGCAUCAGUUAAUAUAUGGUGUUUAAUGGUAAUGGCCAGAUUAACAAAAGUUACUAAAGUGUUUAUAAAAAGCUGUCUCUGGAAGACAGGAAAAAAGAAAACAGUUGAAACAGAUUUCCUCAGGAAACGUGAGAGGGCUGUAAAGGCAGGAUGCAAGUUUGUUUGAAUGAAAGAUAUCUAAGAGAAUGAUUUUUUUUUUCUAUUUUAGGCAAAAUAGAAAAAGCAAUAUGUCAAUACUUAAUUUAUUAAAAUUAGAAUGAAGCACUAAUUGAUGAACAUGAUCUUAAUGCUGUAGCUUAAGAAGUUCUAAAUACAAAAAAAAUUACAUAAAAAUACAGAAAAUUAGCUUAAAACAUAACCUAAUUUUAAUGUAAAUCUAUACAUUUGUGUAAAUCUUUUCAGAAUCUAGUGUAAAUAUAAGGGCUUCUUGUCUACAAAGUUGCUUGGUCAAAACAUUCUUUGUCUGUAAUUGAAUUAUUUCUUACCAAAUGACUUCAGCAAGCAAAAAAGCAGUAUGUCAGCAUGAUAUCCUGGAGAGUUGUGUACUGCACUUUGCAAAGGGCUAGUUUUACAUGAAAUGAAAACAUGUCAUCACGUAUUUUUUUGUCAUAUCUGCAAAGGUAUCAGCUUCAGUAAACCCAAGGUUUUGAAUUGGGCUAUCUAGGAUUUUGAAAUUUCACAAGUUUUGCAAAUUCUUAAUUUUGCUUUAUUUUUACACAGAAAAAUCCUGUUUGAUCCAUAAUAAUCUUUUCCUAUCAAUUCUUUUUCCUGUGUCCAGGCACUCUGUUUUGCAACUGCCCAGAUGUGUAUAAUGAAGUGAAUAAAAAGUGAGCAUCCUCAGUAUUAGGAACUACAAAUGUAAAUAGCAUUUACGUGGUAUCAGAAUUUUCAGUAGCAGUGUUUAACUAGUAAUUCAUUCUUUAAGUGAUGCCAACAAAUCUUUCAGGGAAGGGGAGCACAUAGUCUGUGAAUUACAAAGUACAACUGCUGGUAUUACAAGAAUAAAAUGUAGGCUCAGAUUCAUCAGAGCACUCGAGUAUGUGUUUACCUCCGCCCGUGGAGUUUGUUGAUGAGACUCCUCCUGCUCCUAAAGUUUGGCACACAUUUUUGAGCUCUUCUGAAAUCAGGCCUUAGCAAGAGCAGAUAAACCAAUAGCUUUGUCUGAAGUAGGCACUUUGUGGGACAAUCUACCUUUCCCUGGAGUUUUGCAAUUUAUCUUGUGUUUAGAAGGCCAGACAAAUUUACAGAAUUUUUUUAUUAGGUUUUUUUGCAUUGCACAGGGGAAGGUGAGAAAGAGACAAAUUCAGCUGUACAUUUCACCAUGUGAAAGCAUUGGUUAAGUUUGUAAAAGGUGUGUAUUUGACAUCAAGCUCAAAGAAAUCUAUUUGAGCUCACUGAAAAAAAAUACAUGAUAAGCAGGUCACAUUAAAUAAAUUUCUCUUGUUCCAUCUGUAUUUCCUGUACACUCAACACUCCUCCAGGCAACUGGAGGCAUAGGAGCUCUGAGUAUGUAAGGAAAUAAAUGAGUUUACCUAAAAACUUUAGGAAUACUAUGUUUUUAAGCCACACAUGAUGUUGCCUAUGUGUAAUUUUUAGUGUUAGAAGAAAAUAGACAGUAGCCUUAUUAACCAGGUGCAAUAUUUACAAAGGGCUAAAUUAGGGAAACAAGUGAUGUGUGUUUGUGCAUCACUGCAAGCAUGCACUCUCUGAAAAUGAACUUUUAUAGCACUGGGAUCUUAAUACCUCUCUGAAAUUAUAAUGUUGGUAUAAUUUUAUAACUGCUUAUUAUACAUUAUGAAACAGGAUUUGGGAAUUCCUAAGAACCAAAAGGAGGAGGGAGAAGUUGUAAAUCACAUAGACUAGUGAUAUGUUACUUUCCAUGACAAAAGUAAAUUCAAACACCUUUACAAAGCCAUACAAAUUUUGGAUCACUGGAAGAAAAAAAAAAAUCUACUUCCCUUGGUUACAGAGAUAGUUUAGUCUGAAAUUCCCCUUGAUUUGUCUCUUGCAUUUUCUCAACGUUUUGGGGUUUUUUUGUAUUCUGAUGGUGAAAACAUUCCUAAAUUUACCAGUAUUUGGCUCGAAUAGUAUCAUUUUGAAAAAAAACUUUUAAAAUUGAGUUCAUUGUGAUACUGUACAGUCUGAAUGAGAUCAUGCAACAUGAUCUGCUCCAGCUUAAGUAGAGAGUUCAUACAAGCAGAAGAUUACAGGAAAGGAUUGCAUUGAGCAUUCACUGUUCAGUCAUGAGAAAGAUCUGAACAAUCAAACUAAAAGCUCCACUCACGUAUUUCUUCUCUCCAUCUGCUCUGCAGGGUUGAUGGAAUACAGGCUGCCAUGUGCAGUGUAUCUGGCUAUCUCACCCCUGUUCAGGGAUUUUUUUUUUUGCUGAUAAAUAAUGAAAUACAGAUCAUCUUCCCAUCUCUCUUACUGUUUUUGUCUUAUGCUCCGAGUCCACAAUUAACUGAAAGACAGAAAUAAUCAGGUCCAUUGAACAGAGACUGUUUGGUUCUUUCCCUGUUUGACAGACUUGUAACAAAGGGACAAAGUACAAAUGCAGAGACAGAGUCAAAAGGGGUUUGAGCCAGUCAGACAAGACCUGAAAAAAAAUGCUCAGAAUUGGAUCCCAGUAGGAGGAAACUAGUCUUAAGCAGUCAAUUACAGACGUUCUGUGAUCGAUUUUUAGUGGUUUGGGGGUCUUUUUUGUGAAUUACGAGUCUGGUAAAAAGUCUUAUUAUACAAUUAAGAGCAGAAUGCAGAUCACAUUGCAACAAGCUGAGCCCUCACAGCAGUACUGGUUUUCUCAGGAGAGUUCAGUUAUUCCCAUGAAUAAUUUCAUUGACCAGGGCUGUUCACACAGGUAAUGGUUGUAGAACAAAGGCAUGUGGGUUUUCCUCUGUGUACUUUCCACUGGGAUUGGGAGCAUGAUAGUGUGAAUUUCCCUUUCUGAGGGCUUGAGAAUUGUGCAUUCAGCUUUGUGAGAGGGAUGGAUACAGUGGAUACCUCUGCACAUGUGCAGGGCUCUUGGAAGAGUUUCUAGUAAUACCAGAGUGGCAGUACUCUGGAUGUGUUACCUAGUGACAGAUUGAAGAGCUGUUAGGCCUGUAAUCUGUCCUACUGACACCAGCCCCAGGGAGAAGGGGGUUUCUCAGUAUGGGAUACAGGAUAGCCAGCCCCUUGUGAAAGGAGUCAUCACCACCAUAGUCCCUGUGCUGUUGGCUCAAGUGCUGCCUUUGCUGUGUCCAGCUUGAGGGAGGUUAUCCACGUGCAUUCCUGACCUGUUCAUAGUACAGAACACUCUUUUGAAGAGAAAGAGUCUCUCUUACAGCUAUUAAAAUAAAACUGUGAUAUAGCUUUUAUGUUACAGAAAGUUGCUGAAUGAGUCCCAGCAUUGUCAGACUUUGAAUCAGGCAUAGUUGUGUCCCUCCUUCCAGAGCCAUGCUGCAGCUCCCAUGGGGGCUCUCACAGAUCCCUGGAACCUUAAGCAAGUUUUUCCUAAACAUUUGCUGGAACCCAGCACUGAGCCCUAAACCAAGUUGGACCCCCAAUAAAGGAGGCUCUUUCAGCACUUUCUCAACUCUUUCCCAGCUCUUAGACUACCUAAGUUAGUAUUUCAUUAGUAGACCUUUGUAAAGGGAACAUUGCCCCAUCGCUUGCCUUUGGCAUUUCUAACACAGCACCAUCCACUGCUGCAUUUGCAAAGAGCCAGACAUCAUCUUGGUCAGUCAUGGAGUUUGGGGAUAUUAUUUUAGAUUUAGACCUCUGCAUCCUGCAGCAGGCUGCAGUUCCACAGCAGGUUAAGGUGACAUAAGUUUGUGCUGCUGUUGAAAAUGCUGUUUCUACCCUCAGCAGAGACAUUUCUGAGUUAUGCUGGCUUGAGCCAGCCCUGUAAGUAUAGGUCUGUAUAAAAUGCUGUGGCCUGCUGGGUCUGUGUCCCUGCUCUGUCAUGGAGCAGGCAUGGUAAUACUGCCUUUAUCCCACUCUGCCAUGUCUGGAGUCUCAUUAAGGACCUGAACUUGCACAUACCCCUACAGCAUUAAACUCAGGAGAGCUCCACCUAUGGCUGGUGGCAUCGAUUUUGGUAUGAAAUUAAAUAUAUGGGGGAAAAGAGAGGAAUUAGAUCAAUAACUGUAUGUCCAAUGCAUCUUAAGACUGCAUCUUAACUGCACCAUGAUUUUGCUAAGCAGAUAUAGGAGGAGUUAAGGGAUGUGAAAAACAACAUUACUGGAUCCUGUUCCUCCCUGGAACCUGUCUGGAAUUAUUCACGGUAAUCUCAGGCAAGGCUCAUUAAGGGGCUGGGAAGUCAUGACCUCUGUAAAUCUCUGGGCUACAGAGAACCAGGGUACACUUCUUAUCCAGAUGUGGUAACAACUAGGAAUGAUCCUCAGCUGCUUUGCUAGUGCAGAGUUUCAGCUUCAUUUUUUUACAGUUUCAGUUUAAUAGUGAUGGGAAUGAUGGGCAAGAGGUAAAGGGUCAUCAGGUAACUGAAGAAAGAGGACCAUCAGCAUCCAUUGCACUGUGGGGUUUUUUUAACCCUCUGAAACAACAAGCAUGUUUUCUUGUCACCUGCUGUUCAUGUUUUCUCAUGUAAAGAAAGUAUUUUCAUCAUAGAAGGGGGUAAAUUUAGCACAGAGUAAGCAGCUGUAGGAAACUAAAAACCCAAUUUACUAGUUUUUAUGAGUAAGGGAUUUCUAAAACAUUCUGCUUGCAGAAGACUGCAGUAUUUAUAUCCACACAUCCUUUUUUCUUGCUUCAGUCACAAAAGGGAAAUACCUGCCUGCAUACAUUGUUCUUCCUUUGUUUCCUAUCAAAUCUUGUUUCAGAGAGUAUAAAGUAAGUUCCAGUUCUUUUUAAAAAACAUUUUUUUCUGAAUUAUUAUUUUUAGAAGCUAUUUCCUCUUUCACUUCAGUGUAAAAUUACGGAGCUUUAAUUUGCUCUGCAUUGCACUUUAUAUAUUUUUUUUCACUCUUUGGGCCAUGUAUUUUUGAUACACAGAACAGUAAAGGAUUUAUUAAUCUAGUUUUAACUUGAAAUUAACCAUGAAACUAAGAUGUUUUUAUAAAAAUGCAAUUUCCCAAAAAUACAGUAAAUAAUUUGUUUGGGUCAGAUACAUUUUUAAUGGUACAUUGAGAAAUAUUAUAGCUUCUGAAAUUAUUUAUCAUUUGGUAAAUUCAAUACAUUAAUGGAUGUCAUGGUUUAAAGUGGAAUGUGAAUGUGAAGGACACAAAGUUCUAGAUGGUAGAAUUCCUUAUAUGCAAAACCUGCAUUAGUUUAAUUGAUAAGGGUUUAAAAAAAUAGCCUAAUCUAGUUUAAAGAAGUGUGAAACUGUUUAAAAGGCAAGUUUAAAAUGCCAGGAGCUCACAGAAAUUUGGAAAUGAGUUUAAGUUAAGCACCCAGGAGCUGUUUCUCCCUGUGCUGUGCAGUGGGCAGCCUGUGAAGCUCCUGGGCUCUGCAGGAGGUGAGCUCCUCCUGGUACAAGGCAGCAGCAGAAGCCAUAGGAGAGUUUGGAUUUUCCUGCUUUAAACAGCCACUCUCCCAACUUGCAGGGCCACUGCCAGGUUGGCAGUAGUAUUUCCAUUUGGUUUUUCCUGACUUCAUCCCCACUAGUUUUGGGAACUAGUGUCCUAAAGACAAUCCUUUUGUUCCUAAGUGAAUUAAUGAACUCAUCUUCCCCUGGUUUUGGUGUUAAGCUUGCAGCACUCGCGCUAUUGCACAUAGUUUGUCUUAAUUUGUAGAUGCCAGUUUCAGCAUUUUAAACAAAGAACAGCUACUCUGCCCCAGCACAGAAUCCUUUUAAAUCUUAUGGAGCAUGCUGAAAAAUAAAGACCUUUUUGACAUUUACUUUGUCCAAACUCUUUAUUCCAAAUCAGACAAAUAAAAGUGGGGAAAACAAGGUACAUGGCAGUGAAGAGGGGAGAGAGAGAAACAGCAAUGCUCAUUUCCUUCCCAGGGUGAAUCAUUCUGGGCUCCCCUCUCCCAGGCUGAGUGUGUGUGUGCAUGGACCAUGCACAGCUCCGGAGUCAUGUUAAAUCCAUCCUUGCAAAAGCUCUUAGUUGGCCACCUCCCAGAGACCCCAGCUCCUUUUCAGAGGCUUCCAGACAUUCUGCUCAUUUCUACAUCCAUACGCAAAAGUAAAAGCUAACUGCUGCUCCAAUAGUCUGGGUAUAGCUUCCCCUUGAACUGCAAAUGUAUCACCUUGCCAUUUUUAAUCAAGCUGCAGUUUUUCCUGCAAAAUGUGGGCAUGAUCCAGGUAUUUGUGUGUGCUGCAAAGCUGUUGUGUCCUUCCAGGAGCGAGGCGAGCACACUGCCAGUGGUGUGCAAGCCUUGUGCUUAACAUCAGUGGUACCUGUGCUGAAGAGAAGUGGGGGCUGGUGUCACCUGUCCAUCCCACCACAGAAAUGAGGGCUGCACAGCAUAGCUCAGCUCUUGGAAUUAUGGAGUAAAGCAAGCAUAAAACCUUUAUAGUGAGCAGACGGUGUCUGUGUUUGGCUGAGGAGCAAGAGCAGUGACAGGCCCUGUCCAAGGUGGUGUUCUGUCAGGCAGCACAAAUAACAGCUCUGUGGCCCAGUUGGUUGCUGUAUUUCCAUGUAUGUAUGAAUGAAGGCUUAGAAGAGAAGACUUGCAGAUGCUAUUCCUUCACAGUUUGGUUUGAUUCUGUGCUCUGGGGGCAGCCUAUGGGCUGGUACAGCACAUUUAGGUAAGGGGCUAACAGUAACUUAGACAUAGCAAAAAACUUUCUUGUAAGGAGCAGGUGCUUUUCUCAUUCUUACAACAUUAAAAACACAAAACAAAAUGCCACCAUACAGACUUUUGUCAAAUUCUUGCAGUCUCCUGUAGCACCAGCAGCUGGGGAGAACUCAAGAAUUCAGAGGACCUUGGCCAUAACUCAUCAAAAAGCCUCUGCACUCUGUUGCCACCGAAAACAAUUUAAUGCUGGAUCAAAGCCACCCAGACUUGGGCCCUGCAAAAUUCCACUGAGAAUUUUGCUGUUAUUUCAUAUGAAAAGAAAUGUUAAAAUCUUUGUGUCAGCAUAUGAGUCAGUUCUGCCUGCUGAACCAAGAAUACUUCCAGUGGACUUCAGAUAUCUUGGGAAUCAUUCUCAGUACAAGUCAGGACACUCCAAACAUUUCAGUUGUUUUUCUGAAAUUAGAAACAUUUGUAAAAUUAGCAAUAUGCAUAUUAAUGCCUAAAAGUUGAUAAAAAUAAUUAAGGUACUGAGAAGUAUUUGCUUGCACCUGAAACUUUAAAGAAUGACUACUGAAUUUGUGAUGUGCUAAGCACGAGCUCCUGAGUUUCAUCAACACAGUAAACCAGCUUUGUACACAGUAGUUUUAUAACAAUUUAGAAGGUUGGUUUUUUUCUCAAGUUACUUAAGUAGUUCAGGUAAUGAAUAAUUUCUUUCUGAUCAAUGCAUUUUAGAAUGAGCAAAUCUUAUCCUCUUGCACUUCUAAUAUUCAUUGUUUGUAUGGAAAAAAACCCUUUACUACUUUUCCAUUUCCCAGUGAAUGAUCAGUUCACUAAGCAACAGGCAAUGUUUCUUGACUUUAGAUGGCAAAAUAUGCUCAGAUAAUUUUACUCUCCUCCAUGUGAAUCUGGUUAUAUGAGAGUCUUACUUUUUUCUAGCCUUCAAAAAUGCUUUUGUGUAAUUUCCAUAGAUAUGGUUGAAUAAAAAUUGCAAGGAAGAAUCUAAGUCAAAUGCUAAGUAAAAAUCAAGUACAUGAAACAAACAUGAAGAUAAAGUCUCAUGAGAAAAGUCAAUCCAUUGCUGAAUUAAAUAUUUAUAGAACACACUGAUUAGCAGAAAGUACUGAUCUUUAUUAAAAUUACAUUUAGAAGCAGACCCCACUGUGUUUUAGUGCCACAAGUGACAAAGGAGUUUUUCUUCAGAAAAAGUGCAAACGGAGAAAAAUAUUAAAAUAGAUCAUUUAUACCAAGAUUUUCUCCAUUUAAGCCUAUCCUGCCUGUUACAUUACUGUUGUAUGUUCAGGAAUGCUCAGGACAACAGACAUUCCUCACAGGAAGCAGCUAGGUUCCAAAGUAUCAACUAAAUAAAAAGAAAGUGAGCAAACUCAUAGGAUUUUCUUAGUACUAGCUCAGCUAUUGCAAAAAAAGGACCAAAAACAAAACAGCAAAAAAGCACUACUCACUACUGAACUAGAAUUUCAGCAGUUUAAAAGAACCAUGUUUUGAUCUAGUUCACACACCAUAGCUAAACCCAGGUUUCUGUUCGUUUGCUUGUUUGUCUUUUGGGGUUUUUACUUCUUAACAGCCUACAAAGCAGGGUCUGUCAUUGCUGAGAUAACCACAGUUGAAUAGGAAUCUCUUGAAAUCCUAAAACACGUGAUUAGAGAAACAACAGACUUCAAAUUAGAAACUACUUAAAAAUUAUCUCAAAAAAGCAAAAAGAAAAGUUAAUUCACUACUUGGGAAAUGCCAUUCAGCUACCAUCAACUCCCAGGUUGGGUGUUUAACUGACAUCCUGUAGCUUUGUCAGCUCACAUUUUUGUUAAAAGCAGAUGGUGAUUAAACUACAUAGCAAAGGACCUUCCUUUGGUCUUUGUAAAUGAAUGUAUACAUACAAACUAUGCAUUUUCACACAGCUGCUUACUGUAUCUUGAAUCACUUCAACCUUUCCCCCAGCUUAGAAACCCCCAAACUUAAGGAGCAGAAGGUGUUCCCACCUCCUUUGGCAGAUAUUUGUCUCCUCUUGUUUCUGCUCUCCAAAAACCUUAGGUGCAGGACAGAGCAAUGCUGAGCUGCACAGCCCAAGGAGCAGAGGGGCUGGGGGCCUGUGGCCAAGUCAAGAACUUGGCAUGCCCUGGGGGACCAGUUUGGGCUACCAGGCCCAGUGUGGCCAAGCAGAGGUGUGGUAUCUGUGCUCCGCCUGCCAGAGCUGCUCCAGCCCCAGCACCUCUCACACCUCUCAGCAUCCCCGGCGCUGGGGCGGCUGAACCGGGCCAGCAGCUGCUCUCAGCCGGCCUCAGGGGGAGUUUGCAGCCACACUCAGCCCAGCUGUGCCAAGGAGAGGCCACUGCCCCUGGGCUGGCAGAUGCCAUCCUGCCCCUCGGGACAGCCUUUGCAGCCAUCCCUGCAGCCCGGGUUCCUUCUGACCAUCCCUUCCCCACCGUGCAAGGCAGGGAUGGCUCUUCAGGGGUUGUGGUCUCACUGCUGGGACCUGCCCCAGGAGAUGCCAUGCCCAAAGUGCUCAGCCCUUCAUCCUAAUCACUGGGGAACUUCAGGGCUGGGGUGUGCAAGGGACAAAGGAUCAGAGCUUGGGUUUAGGGUACCUUCUGUUGGAAGGGAGCAGAAAAGAUGGAAAAUGGAUGUCUUGUUCUUGUAGCUGAUGUAAUUAAAUGUGGGAAAAAGAUACUGCAUGCAACAUUUCUUACUUAAAUAUUGGGUUGUCGCUGUAAUAUACAUCAGCCCAGUCUACUCAAUGAAGUGUGUUUCUUAUGCUUUAUCCUACAGGAAGAAAGACCAAAAAAGUAGAACUAAUAAGAAUAUCCUUGCUUUAGACUAAAGCAAGCAUGGACUCAACAACAAAGAAAGAUUUUGUUUAUAUGCAAACUGUUUAAAUAUUUGAUACCAGUAUGAGUAUGAAGAUAGUCAUAUUCUUAUGUAUCCAGAGAUUUGCACUCAUCUAGGUUAUGUUAAUUAAAAAUAUUUUUGCGGUAUGUGUUUGUAUUUGAGGGGCCAAGUUUUUAAUUUUAUAUUCUUUACAAGAAUUAGUGUGGCAAUUGCGUUUUUCCAUUUCUUGAGCUACCUGCCAACCCAUGCUAGUUGUUCAUUUGCUUAAAGAAUAUUUCCACUACUUCAGGGGGUUUUGGGUGGUUGUUUUCAAAGGGAACCUGCCCCAGAGAGUUCCAGGAUUGUCCAGUGUGAGUGGAGGCUCUCUGGAGCAGCAGGUCACCCUUACCAGGACAUGGCCUGUCACUGCAACAGACACACACGGAUUCAUUUCCCUGCAAUCUGCAACUGCCCUGUGGGCCUGGGGUAGCUCCAGCUGCAGUCCCUCAAAUCAAAGCUCUGACUGACCCUGUCAGUCCUUUGCUGUCACUUACUAUCACAAAGUUAACUUUUUACAACGAGGAAGAGCUUCCAACUCUGGCACUGAUGGAAAUACUGAAUACUUUUAAUAUAUAUAUAUAUAUAUUUGGAAAGUAUUUGAACAGUGUUUUGUCUUUUUUUAUACAACUUUUAGCCAAAUAGAAAAAUUCUGAUUAUUACUUCUGUGGAUACCUGUCCACCUGUAAAUAAACUCAUAUAUUCAGGUACAUGAACCUGAAGAAAAAAAUAAUAAAGACUGUUCAGGGGCUACGCGUUUUGCUAGCUCCCAGUUCCUUUGUACAUAAGAGGUAACUGUUUAAAUGUUGGGUGGGAUUUUUUUUUUAAUUUACCUGUUGUUCCUCUAAAGAAAGAAGAAGAAAAAAACUUUUGACUUAGUUUUCUCUUUUCUGAGUUAAUACAAAGAUUUUCUAACUUUUUACUGCAGAAAUGGAUAAAUACCUGGUGCUAAGUGAAUGUGAGUCAAACUGGCCAUAGCAGACACACCAGUUAGAAUGCACUUUUCCUGUGGCACACAAUGUAUUUUCUCAGAAGGGACCUUCAAAGGACUGUCAGAUGUUUACAUUUCUUCUUGUUGCCCCAAAUAGUUUUGAAUAUUCAAAUAACUUCCAAAAAUAAAGUCAUGGUCCAUUACUGAUGCGACAAAUCCUUACAUUUAAGUAUCUACAACAGCUUUGUACAAAUACCAUUUUAGAGAUAGUUGAAAUAUUGGGCUUUCAUACUUUGUAAUGCUUUGAUGUGACAAUAAAUAUGCUGUUGCUAUCUAGUCUAACCUCAUUGUAGACCUGUAACUCCCUGUUUCUGGUUAUGUCAUGAAUUGCACUGGCUUGAAUUCAGCCAAAUACUGACUGUUCAGCUGAAAUAUUCCGACUGUUAUGAUGUCCACAAAACAUUAAUUAAAUGCACUUGUAUCUGA